AUGUCCUCAAAGAAAUCUGUUUUUAUCGCCAUCUUAUUGGUUAUUUGUUUACAAGUAAUUUCUUCGCUAGCAAGUUAUAUUCCAAUUUCAGGACUUCCAGGUCCAUGGAUUAUAACAGACUUGGCUGGUUUUAAAAUGUACGCUGGCCAAUAUAUUUACAUUAAAAUAGUUUCCCCCAAAUACACUUUGGUUAAUAUUAAUCUCUUGCAAAGAGGAUCUGUUAACAAUGAAACACUUCUCACAAACGUCGGAUUAUACUAUGGAAUCAGCAUAAUUACUGUUGAACUUCCAUCAUCCGGUAAUUUCACAAAAGACAGUCCUCAAAAUUAUUUCGCCGUAUAUUCUAAUGGAGCAAGGCUUGAUUAUUCCGGAACCUUCCAAAUUGGAAGUCCUGCUUUUGGCCCUAAAAUUCGUAAACCACUUGCUGGUGAUGUUUUAAGGAUAGGAGAAGUAUUAGUAGCCACUUGGGAAGGAUCCUAUGUUCCUCCAGGUGAAAAUGAGACUAGUUUCACAUUUGUUAGAGCUUUACUUGAACCUGCAAUCACUACUGGAUCUGUUGUAGCUUUCAAUUUUUUAUCUGGUCAGGAUCUUAAUUUCUCAUCCUAUACUUUUAAUUUCACAUUACCUUCAACAAUACCUAAUAAUACUUAUUAUAAAUUCGGAUUUUUGAUCACAUCCAAUAUUACGGGAUAUGAAAAGCAAAUUUAUUCUUCUGGCACUUUCUUAAUUCUUAAUUGA